UUUCAAAACUUAAGCUUUGACGCAAGAAGCUAUAAUAAUCAAGAAUCUUUACAAUUUGGCAUUGAAAAUUUUAUAAUUGACUCUAAAUCACCGCUUUAUGCUGAAAUUUCUGAAUGGUGA